AUGAAGCUGGACAGCGAGUGCAAGAUUUGCUUCGGGCAGAUUGCGGACACUGUCCUGCUGCCCUGCGCGCAUCUCGUGGUUUGUCAGUGGUGCGCGGACCUGAUCGGUGCGCGGACUAAGGAUCACUUCGUCAGACCCAUGCCACAUGUGGUCUGUCCGAUGUGUCGCACUCAGGUUGUGGAUCGGGUUUGUCUUCCCCAUCUUUCCGUCUUUCACCCGCCAUUCCGUAGCUAA